CUAAUCAUUAAUUUCCUUAGCCGGUGCUAGUCAUUUCAAAAGCACCCUACUGAUUUGUUCUGUUUUAUAUUGCUCUUUCGUUGUCAGUAUUUUCUACGUUUCAUUAAGCGUCGUUACUAUGGUAAUGCAAACUAUUAAAAGAAUAUUUUAUUUGUGUUUUGUUUAAUUGUUAAAUAAAAGCCCAUUUAGUUCAGAAUAAUCGAAGACUUAUCUCUAGUCGCGUCACCGCAGUGCAUUUAACAGCAUGGCUAACACGGCUGGGGACUGGUGUCUGAUCGAGAGCGAUCCUGGUGUUUUCACAGAAUUAAUCAAAGGAUUUGGAUGCUCAGGAGUUCAAGUGGAGGAAAUAUGGAGUCUUGACAAGGAAAGCUUUGAGCAACUUAAGCCAGUGCAUGGGCUUAUCUUCCUGUUCAAAUGGGUGCCAGACAAAGAACCUGAUGGAUCAGUGGUUCAGGACAGCCGACUGGAGAAAAUUUUCUUCGCCAAACAGGUGAUAAACAAUGCUUGUGCCACACAAGCUAUUCUCAGCAUUCUCCUCAAUUGCUCACAUCAGGACUUGACCCUUGGGGAAACUCUGACAAGUUUUAAAGACUUUGCACAGAACUUUGAUCCUGCAUUACGCGGUUUGAGUCUUAGCAAUUCAGACUUAAUCAGACAAGUCCACAACAGUUUUUCUCGACAACAGAUGUUUGAGUUUGAUGAGAAGCUGGGAAAGAAGGAUGAUGAUGUAUUCCAUUUUGUUGGCUACAUCCCAUUUGAAGGUCGUCUGUAUGAACUUGAUGGGCUGAAAGAAGGACCUGUUGACUUGGGACCAAUAUCCACUGAUGUAGAGUGGACGGAUGUUGUAAGACCCGUCAUUGAGAAGCGUAUGCAAAAGUACAGUGCAAAUGAAAUCCACUUCAACCUUAUGGCAGUUGUGUCAGACCGCAAAAUGUCCUAUGAAAAGAGACUUUCAGAACUGCAAAGUCAGCUUGAUCAAGGUGCUAUGGAUACAGAUGACCUUCAGUCAGAAAUCAGCAGAUUAAGCUACCUUAUUCAAGAAGAGGAAUGCAAAAGACAGCGAUACAAGAUAGAAAAUAUUCGACGAAGACACAAUUACCUCCCUUUCAUAAUGGAGCUGCUGAAGAUUCUAGCAUCAGAGAAGAAAUUGGUCCCAUUGAUAGAAAAGGCAAAGGAAAUAGCUGCACAGAAAAGGAAUGAAAAAGAAAAGGCGAAACAGUGUGUGCCGUCUCAGGUAUAAGCCGUUACAGAGAUUUUCUUCUCUUAAAAACUUUAAAAGGGUGGUUGUCAUCUGAUGGAAAGUUGCUACAGAAUGAAGUGCAUUCAUACAGGCUUUGACUGCUUGAUCUACUGUUGCAUCAAGUCUCUUUAUUUCUCACUACUGUUAUUUGCUCUUCAUGCACCAGCAACUUUUAAAUAAUUACUUCUAGAAUUCUUUCUCUGUAAUGAGAAAUAGUUUAUGCUGUUAAAAAUAAUUCACAGAAUAAAAAGAUUUGAUGUACUUACUGCGUGUGGAUGUGCAUAUCUGUGUUAAUGUGUUCACAAGCAUACUCUUUUGUGUGUGCAAGAAUGGGUGCAUCAGCAUUUAAAAGAGAGAGUGUGUAUGUUUGUGUGUGCAUAUAUUCAUAUGUGUGCAUGCACAUCGGUUCUGGAUACAAAAAGUGACACAGAAGAGGCAUUAAUGCUUUGACACUCACAAUAUUCUCUUUAAACUAUACACCUAUUUAACAAAAAAAAGUCCGUAGUUAAAGACCAACACCAGUUUUGUCAUCAUCAUUUUCCUUAUCAGCUUCUAUUUCUGGUGUUUUUCCGAAGGGUUUAUAGAUGGUUAUACACUACUUCUUACAGCUAUUUUAUUGCCUUUGUUAUUCACCUGUGGUCAUUUUAAAUAAAUUUAUGUUCACUUAGAAGUGCAUCAAA